CUGCAAUUGAUAUGCAAAUACCAAGGACCCCUGUUGAAACUGGAUAAAAACCGUAAACUUUUGUUUCACAUUGAGAAAGUACAGUCUUUCUCUAGAUCUUGAAUUUCAUGAGAAACACUUUUUGGUCUUAACACCAUCAGAAUGUGAAAGCCUAAGCAUAGCCACGUGUUGCUGGUCUUUGGGUAAAACUUGUAAUACACGAUUUUGAACAAACAUAGUGCAAGAAUUGAAAAGAUGUCAUUAAAACAUUAAUUUCCAGUUGUGGAUUUUACUUCAUGAGAAGCUACCUGGUUCCCAAGAGAAUUGAAAAUUAGACCUCUAUUUGUAUGCCAAACUACAGAUCAGAGAGCCUGGUUUUACAGAGUAUAUUUUCCCUUAAAUCCAGUUGCAAAUGCCUGUUUGUGGAAGACUGGCACCUCUGCGAAUGGAGCUACUGGAGCCAUGGGAAGUUUUAGCCAAGCACAGAGAAGUACUGUAGUAGGCUUUGGCUCAGCUGGUGUUGACUGAGAACUGCAUAAUGAAGCCUUUUUGGGGUUUUAUAUUCAAAAUUUUAUUGCUUUUUUUUGCAUCAUUGUUACUUCUUUUCUGGUGAAUAAUAAAGUCUGCUUAAUGCUUGUCUCCAUUUCAUGGUACUAUAGGAUGCUUCAGAAAAUACUAAUGUCUGGCACAAAUUUUCUUGGAAAAUGCAGCCUCCUGAUUUCAUGGUAGCUACUGACAUUAAAUUGUUCUUGUAAAAGUAAAAACAUGGAUAAUACUAUAAUGUCAGGAAUUCUCUUACUUUUUUAAAACCACGGCUGUUAUUCAUAACACCUAUAAAGGGUUGCCCGUUAUCCCUGGUAUACCUUAUUUCCCUUGUGGGACAAGUAAGCUAUUUUUGGCUUCAUAGCUGGGGAAGACUGAGCAGAAAGCAAUUAUAUAAACUAAUGUACCCUAUGUAAGAUCGCCCGGGAGGUCUUAGCUAUCAAUCUGAAAUCACCUUGACUCUUGCUAGUUAAAACUUCCCUUAGCAUUUUCCACAGGGAGUAUGCUAAGAACAGAGUGCUGAAGUACAUGCUCAGCCUUGUUUGCAAGGCUGUUCCUACAAGCUUCCUACCAUGUUACGAUAUGUCCUUCAGAGCUCUCUUAAAGACAGCAACAACAACAACAAAAAAAAAAGCCAAACAAGCCCUUCUCUUUGAUGAUUUCAUGGCUUUUGUUUCUUCCUCAGAGAAGAUCAAGUCUGGAGUUUCUCUGACUUCGUCUGAAAUUGUAGGCAUGAUCAAUUUGUUUAAGAAACCUUACAAGAAAAAGGCAGGCAAAUUCCAGCCUUUCAAGAAGCUCUUCAGCAAGAGGAAGAAAAGAGAGCCUGCCUUAGACUGUGAGGAACCCAAGCUGAAGCCCAGCCACUCCUUCGGCAAUAUCUGCAACGGCACCUCCUCCGAUGAAGAGCCAAGCAGUGGGCUGAGAUCCUCCCAUUAUUCUAUGGGCAGUCGAGCUUUUUCCCAUGACAGUAUUUUUAUACCUGAUGGGAGAACAGAGAGUGAACAGGCCAUCCAAGCAAUGUCACAGGAGAACGUUUUAGGAAAAGUCAAAACUCUUCAGCAACAGUUGGCCAAGAACAUAAAAUUUGGGCAGCCUCCACAAAUGACAGUUUCUGCGAGGACAAUGGGGGAAGCAAACACUAGUAUGGAAGAGGAUGUGUUGCUCAGCAGCCCCAUGGAGACUGAGACUCAGCAGGACCCAGUGAUCUCAGACAGUGGUAAUAAACCCACUGACACUCCAGAUUUCUUGAGAAUGCUAAAUUUGCCUGGAACAGCACAUGAAGUGGAAGAAAAGGUCACUCCAGUCAAAUCAGCUCGGCCAAAAAGACAAUUUUCUUGUUCUGGCACAAUUGAAACAAUCAAUUUGGAUUCAGUUCCCCAGGCUGUUGCUCGUCUAGACAACAGUGCAGCGAAGCACAAGCUGUCUGUGAAGCCAAAAAAGCAGAGGGUAUCAAGAAAGCACAAGAGAUUAACAAAGGGAUCACAAAGUUUAACAAUAACAGAAUUUGAGCCAGAGGACCUGGAAACUCAGCUGUAUGAAGACAUAUACCCAGGUUAUAAUGGACACUUCAUAGCAGACAAGCAACAGAGACAAGAGCUGGAGGUGCAGAAGCUCAAGGAACAAGAAGAGCAACAGAGACAAGAGCUGGAGGUGCAGAAGCUCAAGGAACAGGAGGAGCAACAGAGACGAGAGCUGGAGGUGCAGAAGCUCAAGGAACAGGAGGAGCAGCAGAGACAAGAGCUGGAGGUGCAGAAGCUCAAGGAACAGGAGGAGCAGCAGAAACAAGAGCUAGAUGAACAGAAGCACCGGGAACAGCAGGAGCAGACACAAAAGGAAUUGGAGGAGCAGAGGCAUCAAGAAUGGGAAGAGCAGAAGUGCAAAGAGCUGGAGGAAAAACAGAGACGAAAGCUGAAGGAGCAGAAGAGGCUAGCACUGGAUGAAUUAAGGCAACAGAGCACUGAAAAAGAGUGUCAAGAGGAAGAAGAAAGAAAUUGUCCGGAGGAACCAAAAGUACUCAAGGAACAAAAUAAGGAAGAAAUACCGAGACAUGACCUAGAAGAGAAAAAGCUUCAAGAUACUGAAAUAAAACUGAAGGAUAAAGAACCUGAGAGCCUCAAGCAAGAGAAGAAACAGGAGAAACAAAGGCAUUUGAAGGAGAAAGAAGAAAAGACAGAGAAGGAACAACCCCAGCAAGUAAUAGAUAAGAAAAAGAAACGGGAAGAGCAGAGGAAACACAAGCUCACAAAACAAAUGCACAUGGAAAGUUCAGAGGGUGUGCUACAAGACGAAAUAAAGCAGCAGAAGGAACAAAAUGGACAAGAAUGGAACAAGCUGAAAGAGCAGAAAGUAGACACAGAAGGACAAAAUCUCCAGCAAACCCAAGAAAUAUCCUUGGAACAGCCACAAGACAAGGAUCAGUUGUGUUCCGGAGGGGCUGAUAAGCAUCCAAUAGAGGAGAAGCUCCAAGAAGGAUCAAGAGCCCAAAAUCUCAAACAGCCAGAAAAAGGGAACAAAACAGCAGAAGAAAUACUAGCCCAGAAACUGAAGAGAGAUGUUGAGGCUCAGGAGCAAAAGCGCAUAGGGGAGGAACUUCGGUGGCAAGAGGUAGAUGAAAGACAAACUGCGUCCAGACCCUUCACAUUUCAAGUGUCUUCUGGAGAUAAACAGAUCAUAUUUCAGAAAGUAAAUUUGAGUCCUGUCACGCCCGCCAAAGCAACAGGACCCUCUUCUCCAUCUGUCAAAGACUGCAGGGUGCACACGAUCAGUAAGGGCUCUCAUACCCUCCCGUCAUCUGCGUGUGUACCACACACAGCUAUUUUGGUUACUGGAGCACAGCUGUCACAGCUGUGUGGCACAGCAGUUAACCUGAACCAGAUUAAGGACACGGCUUGCAAAUCAUUACUUGGCUUAACGGAAGAGAGGAAAACUGUGGAAAUUCCUUCACCGGAGAAGUCCCUGAAAAAAAAACAGGAUACCAAACCUAGCAGCAGUAAAAUUAAACAAGCUCAAGAGACAUUGAACAACCAGGCUGUACUAGCUGAGUGGGCCUCUAUUCGCUCCAGAAUACUAAAGAAUGCAGAAAACAACAAAUAUAAUGAGAGAGACCGAGUUAGUGUCUGCAGGCACAGUGACGACUGGACGCCCCGAGGACGGGGUGCUCCCCAUGGCAAUUUAAGGAAAACCCUUUCUGCAAAUGCAAAGUUCUCAAUAACACCAGCAUGGCAGAAAUUUUCAGAAGUUUCAAAAACCAAUUCAGACCCUGAGAAUGUAAGUGUUGCAAAAGGCAAUGAAAAGGCUGUGGGGAGAAACACUGGCUCAUCCGCUGAUUUGAAGGACAUGGCUACCACUUUUAAGGAUAAUUCAGCUGAAAAGGCUAAGGAGAAAAUGGAAACCCAUAGUGAAGUGACAGACAAUACAGAAGGCUGUAAAUUUGCAAAAGAUCUUCCAUCUUUCCUUGUUCCAAGUUUUCCUCAUUCUCCAGGUAAAGAAUUAUCUAAGCCAGAACUUCCCAGUGCUCUGGAAAAUCAGCAAAAUAACAGCACAAAAAAAGCAGAUAAACCAUCACCAAAUGGAGAAGAAAAUGUUUCUCCUUUUGGGAUAAAGUUAAGAAGGACAAACUACUCUUUACGUUUCCAUUAUGAUCAACAGGCAGAGCAAAGGAAAAAGAAAAGAUACAGUGCAGGAGACAGUUUUGAUGGUGUGCCUGACCCACUCACCUCAACAGAAGGUGAGAAAGAAUCCGCUGUUUUUGCUCCACAAGAGAGUACAUCCCCUAAUGUGGGGAGAGCAAAUGUCCCUGGUAAUUUAAAAGACUCUUCAGUUACUGUGAUUGAGUUUUCACAGCCAGUGGGCAUACCAGUGAUCCCACCAGCCACUGGCCAGAGUGCUUUACUCGCUCAUGAGAAACCAGCGUGCAAGUCAGUGGUCCCACAGAAACCUGCUUUAGCUCCAAAACCCACCAGCCAAACCCCACCACCAUCUCCUCUCUCUAAAAUGAACAGAUCAAACCUAUCUGAAACACUGGGGCAGAGGGUGGUUAAAGCUGAAUCAGAUGGUGGCUGGAGAAAAGAGGACAGAGCAAAUCCAGUGCACCCCACACCAUCCGAUGAGUACAAAAAUGAAGAGGAAGAAGUCAAAGAAAAGAAGUCAUUUUUCCCAUCUCUAAGUAUUCCAUGGAGAGAAAAAAAUGACAAAAAGCCUGAGCCAUUGAAGAAAGAAAAGCCUGUCCUCCAGAGCAGGCACUCUUUAGAUGGCUCUAAAUUGAUGGAAAAAGUGGAAACUUCACAACCGCUUUGGAUUACAUUAGCGCUGCAAAAGCAAAAGGGAUUUCGUGAGCAGCAAGCCACAAGGGAAGAGAGGAGACAAGCCAGAGAGGCAAAGCAAGCAGAGAAGCUGGCUAAAGAAAAUGCUGCUGUAAGUAAUCAGACAGAUAACAAAAGCAGCAGCAGCAAAACAAGCACACUGCAGAAAUCUACAACUCAAGAAGGGGAGAAGAAAACUGAGACUGCUGUGUCAAGACUAGAAAGAAGGGAGCAGCUAAAGAAGUCAAACACUCUUCCAACUUCUGUGACAGUGGAAAUUUCAGAUUCUGUUCCAUCGACCCCACUGACAAAAGAGGUGGCCAAGAGAUUCUCUACGCCUGAUGCUAACCCUGUGUCAACAGAACCAGCCUGGCUUGCAUUAGCCAAGAGGAAAGCAAAAGCCUGGAGUGACUGUCCACAGAUCAUCAAGUAAACUGUACAACUACAUCUCUAUUGCUGACUAUUGAUUGCUUUCUUUUAUUUAUUCUGCAUUUUACACAUGACAAAAUUGAAAAUGCAUGUAUGGAAGGACUGAAAACUGAACUGAUUACCAUUUUGCUCCAGCUCACUGUUAAACCUACUCAAGUCAUAUAUUCCAUUGCUUUGACAAAUAGCUAAAUGAGGUCAUGGCGAAAAUUUCACAGCCAGACUCUCAAGAACUUAAGAAUGCUCAGAUACUGGAUAUAAAUUUUAGCGAGCAUCAUAAGGGCCAGAACUUCAGUUCAGAUGCUUCUUAAAUUCUGUGGGUACUCGGUUCUGGAAUUUUAGAUCUCUGUACUUUAAUCGAGAUCUCAGAUUUUUUUUUCAGCAGUCUGUUGUUAAAAUUAAGGCAAGAUGCAUGUUCCCUUCUUUUAUUCAUAAUUAAAAAAAAAAAAAUGUUAAACUGUAUGAACUGUCAGUUUUGCCUGCUAUUUGAAAGCUUUUUCCCUAAUGAAGAAUUUCGGGAUCUACCGUUCCACAUGCAAAUAAUAAGGAGAAAGAUGGUACCAUCCAAAUGCUGAGGUAAUUUCUUCCAUCGUAGUAUUAAUACACUACAUCUAUAUUCCCUCAUUCCUAGGAAGAAAACUAUUAAUCCUACUUUAAAAACCCCACAGUUAUUUAAACGAAUACCAUUAAGUUUUCAGAAAGAAGCCAGGAAGUCAGUGUUUCUUUUAGUCAUUUAAAUGCAUCACUGUUUGUGCUUGGCCAUAUUUAAGAUGCAUAGAGACAGUGAUUGCAGAUUACAACUUUAAAUCAAUUGAAUGACUGUAAUUAAACUGUUCCUGUGCAAAUGUAGUUGUAGAAUUUGUCUCAGUUAAGUUCCCACAGGAGUAAGACUGGCAGAACUGAAGUUAACCGAGAACUGAAAGCUAAGUCAGUGAGAGUCUCAGGAGUUUUAACUCGGCAUUCUUCCCGAUUUUACUCCACAUGAAACUUCAGGUAGUUCAGAUAACUUCCUGUACUUUGACCAAUACAGCCAGAUCACUUUAGAAAAGGUUACUUACCUCAUCUCAGGUAUCUGCCAUGGCAAUUGAACACUUUAUUACUUCACCUGACUAAAAUAAAAAUGUUCACUCUUUCUCUCUUACAAAAAAGGAUAAAGUCCAUGAUGUAAUAAAAAUGUCGCUAUCCUCAACAUCCCAUCAAAAUAGCUAGGUCUGCAUUUUUAAAAGUCACCCCAUUAAAUAGGUCACUUCAGUUGGUUUUACAAGGAAGACUUUAAAAAAAUCUGAAUGUCUCCUUAUAACCAUAAGGCUCAAAGGUUCCUUUGAGAUAACAUCAUAAAAGGAGACAUUUUCAUAAAAAGAACACACAUCAUUAUAGAAUGAUACCACAUAUGCUUCAUGGAAGUGUUUUAGCCAAACUGCUGUAUGCAGCACGAGGAGUAGCACUUUAUGCAGAAAACAGAAUGAAACCUGUUGUAUCCUCCUGUUCCCAGAAUCAAACAGCAAGUCAUUGUCGAGUAAAGCCUUUCCCACCAAACAGCAGCUCAGUAUCAUGGUUUACAAUAGCACAAACACAGUGGAUGUGUUAGAUGGAGUAGAUAUGCAGCAGCAAGAUGGGCUUUCUUGGUCCAAAGCCAUCAGUUUUGCUCAGUUUCAUAUUUAAAACGGAAUCUCUAAAGUAACUUUUUACUGUUUGUUAAUAUAAGUAAUUACUAUGUUUUAAACAGAAAGGGGGCAAUGCUGCUCUCAAAUGCUUAGGGGGAAAAAAAACUUAAUGCCUUCAACAUCUGAAGAAAGAAUUGGCCCCAUAAUUCUUUUUGCUUUGCUAGCACCAGGAAUUAGUGCAUUGCAAGUUAAGUUUUUUUUCCAAGUUGGUUUGCCUGCAGUAUCUAUUUGUAAUCUAAACUGCCUGAAAUCCAUCUUUACAAUUAUUCCUUGGGAGGGGGAGCCAGGUAGACAUACAGAGAAGGCGAAGUAAAUCAGGAUUAAAAAUACUCUGAAAAGCAUAGCAAAGUUAGGUGCUAUUGUGCAUGACAUAAGGAUGCAAUUUUCCAAUACAAUCCAUUUACAGCACAUAGAAUAAGCUUUCCUUAUGGAUGUUCUUAAGCUGAAGCUUCAAAGCAGAGAGUUUUUUCAACCAUAAAGGUAUCUAGUGUAACAAUGGAAACUGUUAUGUGCAGUACUCGAUGGAAACAUUUCUAAAGUGUACAUGUGCAACAGUGACAUUUCAUGUUAAAUUAACAAAAAUUUGCACUAAAUACCAACGAAGUGAAGUGUUACUUUGCUUUAGCUUUGUUGCAACCAUUUCUGAUAAAGUAUUGGAAAACUGUAAAAAUAAAUGCAAAACAUUACUACCCAGUUUAAAACAGCAAAAAUAUUUUAAGAACUGAACAAGCCACUAUGUAGUAUAUUGUCUCAAAUUUUUGUAACUUAUACAAACACAAAACACCAUUUCUUCCGACAAGGUUAUAUAUGAUUAACCUCUAUGUUCAUAUAGUAAUGUACAAAAACUAUAAGAUGUAUAAUUGUGGGGUAUUUGUUGUGUACUUUUUUAAUUUUUCAAAUGUUUUAAAGUGCAAUUGUUUAUUAUACUAAUGUCAUUUUAAUUCUUAUUAAACUAUAACCCAGUCAAAAUUAUCUAA